AAUUCCUUCGUUAACCUCUCCACAUAUUAUUUAACUAUAAAUGGUUUGAGAAACAAAGUGGUAUAACCGACACGUACAACAACAAAAAACAUGAUCCCACGUUGUUUCACCAAACCAAAACCAAAAUCAAAUAUAUCAUCAAGCAACAACAAUUGGUCUCAAGUUCCUCAACAUGUGGUAACAUGCAUAUACCAAACUCAAUUAUGCAAAUCUAACACUUAUAUCACCCUUACUUGGUCUAGAACCCUUUCCUCUCACUCCCUAACAAUCCACGCCCCAAAUAUUUUUCCCAACUCCAUCACCAUUUCUCUCAACCCAUCAACUCUUUUUUUCUUCAAAACCAAACGAAACCUUCAUAGAUCAAAAUCCAUCUACAACCAAUGUUCCCAUAAAAUCAAGUUCCAUUGGAACUUCUCCAAUGCAAAAUUCGUCGAAAACUCGGCCGAACCAUCUUCAUACUACUACUUGGCAAUCUCGUACAACAGAACUCUCCUAUUUUAUAUAGGAGAUAUUUUGUUGAAUUUGAAACGUAACAACCAAGAAAUUAAGUGUGGUAAUUCAAUUAAAGUAUCAAGGAGAGAGCACGUGUUUGGAAAUAGUAGUUAUGUGUCACGUGUGGUGUUGUUUGGUUCGAAACAUGAAAUAGAAAUUGAAUGUGUGGAAGGCGUGUUGAGAAUGAAAGUGGAUGGUGAAAGUGAUUAUGUUGUGAAAAGGAUGGCAUGGGGAUUUAGAGGAUAUGAAAAGAUAGUGUUAAUUGAAGGAAUUCAAGUGGAAUUUUAUUGGGAUGUGUUGUUUAAUUGGGCCUACAAAAACAAUAACACAAAGAAUAACAAUAAUGGACAUAAUAAUAGUGUGUUUGUUUUUCAAGUAGGAGAUCAAAUUCAAGGAAUUGUUUGGCCAGAAAUGUUAGGAGUAGAAAAGAGGUUAAUGAGGAAAAGUGUUUCUGAUUCUAACCUAACAUUGGAGUGGGUAGAGAAAAACAAUUCGUCAAUGGGGUCUUGUUGUGAGAGUGGGAGUAAUGCUAUUAGUGGUUUCUCUUUGUUGCCGUAUGCUUGGACCAGAUAUUGAAUAUUUCAUCCAUAGAUUUAUGUGUUUUAUUAAUCUUAUACUCAUAUAUGUUUAAGAGGUUUAAUUAUUCAUCAAUUCUAUCUAGCUAUAAUGGUUUGUAAAAUGCAAUAUAUUGCAUAGUACAGUAUAAGAUUUCAUUAGCAUUUUAAAAUAUACAUAUAUAGAACUUCCAUUCAUAUACACAA